GCUGCCGUCUGAAAGCGGGUCCAAUCAUGGCCGACUUUCUAUCGUAUUUUCAUCAAGGAUUUUGUUUGUAGUCUUAUGAAAAUGUCAGAAUAAGCAAAGAACAGAUAUGGCAGAUGGUAAAGAUACUGCCAGAAAACAGGAAUUAAGAAUGGCUUCUCAGGAAAGUUCGGGUUCAUCACAAACAGUGAGAACCCGAAGUGAUUCAAGAGACCGUGGUAAUAAUGAAAUGCCAGUCUUGUCUAGAUCCAACUCAAGGUCAGAUACGUCACAUGUGAGAUCAGAAUCAAAGGAAAGAACAUCUGGUUCCUCUCGUAGUGAGAGUCGUGAAAGGUCAAAGUCAGAGGUGACAUUAUCAAAAUCUAAGGACUCGCCUGGCCCAGCGGCCAAACCUGAAUCUCGUGAGUUAUCAAAAUCGUCCAAGUCAGACAUUGUUAAGAGUAAGUCGGAUAGUAAACAUAAAUCUGAAUCUCCAGAUAAAAAGUCUAAGUUCUCUGAUGGUGAGAAGAAAACAAAGUCAACGCCACCUGUGUUAGAGGUCCCACCCCCUGAGCCAGAACAUAAGGAACCUAUCAGAUUAAAACUUUCUUUAUCACAGAUUAGAUCAUACAAGUCCAAUCCUCUAGAUGACACAGAUUCAGCUUCUUCUUUUGACGAUUAUGAAGAGCCAGUCGGAAAGAAAAAAGCGAAGAAGAAAGAUGGCAGUUCUGGAAAAAAGAAAAGAAGCAAAGAUAAAGACAAAGCAAGGAAGUCUAAAUCUCAGCCAAUGGAUCUAGACUCCCAGCCGCCACCAGAACUUGAACUUAUGGAGACCGGAGAGGUACCGGCUAUUAGCAGUGAUGCCGAAGCAAGUUUGAACACUGAUCCCGAGCCCUUACCUCCACCAGAUAUGGAUAUUUCCACUGAUGCAGGUCUAGGUGGCAGUUACAUGGAUAUGGAGGAUGAUGAACCGCAGAGUCAAGAAAUUGGAAAGAUAUGCUCGUUUUGUUCAUGUGGUAUGAAGAGUCUGUUAGGUCAGGGAGAACUAUGUAGAUAUGAACCAACGCCAGACUUCAAUCCCUUCAGCAAAGCUGCUGCACUCAAAGCCGCUAAGAAGUCAAGCAUGGAUGUUGAAGACAGACCUUUAGAUAAGGGUCCUAAACCUUUAACAUCAAGAAGGAAUAGAGGGCCUCUGAAAAGAGAUUCAUUCCGGUCUCCUCGGCGUGGUUUAGAUGAUGACCAGUGUGAAGGUUUUGAUGAACUAGCUACAGUUGGUUUCCAUGACGAUACAGAAAUUACAUCAGUCUUUGAACAGUCUGGUCAUACCUGGGCUCAUCACUGUUGUGCAGCAUGGUCUGAAGGUGUGAUCCAGAAUGAAGACUGUGUCCUCAAGUAUGUUGACCAAGCUGUUGUAUCAGGGCUAUCUAAACGAUGCAGCUACUGUUCCCGCUAUGGUGCUACAAUCAACUGCAGAUAUCCACAGUGCAAUAAAAUAUAUCAUUAUCCCUGUGCUUCUGGUGGAGGCUGUUUUCAGGAUAUCAAGACUCUUUCCUUGCUCUGCCCGGAACAUUCUGACGAGGCCCAAACUAUUGCUGGUGACGAGGCUGUAUGUAUUGUAUGUAAUAUUGUGGGUAACAUCGGGGAGCAGUUAUUUUGUACAAGUUGUGGUCACCAUUACCAUGGUAACUGCCUACAUCCAGCAGUGGAGGUGAAUCCUACAGUACGAGCAGGCUGGCAGUGUCCAGACUGUAAAAUUUGUCAAAUGUGCAGACAUCCAGGGAAUGACAGUAAGAUGUUGGUAUGUGAUAUGUGUGAUAAAGGUUACCAUACUUUCUGUCUUAAACCUGUGAUGACGACCAUUCCGAAAAACGGCUGGAAAUGCAAAAAUUGCCGAAUAUGUGUGGAUUGUAAUUCAAGAACGCCUGGAAGUGGGCGUAGUUCACGUUGGCACCUCAAUUAUACAGUAUGUGAUAGCUGCUAUCAGCAACGUAAUAAAGGUCUGUCCUGUCCACUGUGUGGGAAGGCGUACAGACAUUUCUCCCAGAAGGCCAUGGUUCAGUGCAAUAUGUGUAAAAAACUAGUACAUUCAGAAUGUGAUCCAAAGAUAGAUGCAGCAAUGUUGUUACAGAUGAAGAAUGAAGAGGCUACAGAUUAUCUCUGUACUAUAUGUAGAAAUAGAGAUCCAGAGGUGGGUAUCAAUCAGAUGGAUAUGCCAGAAUUUCCCAUGCCUAUUGCUGGUAUGAUAGAAGACUCAAGUGAUGGUGUUUAUAUGCAUAAAGAGAGUACGAUGGAUACUGAGAUGACAGAUAACGAUGUUGGAGAAGACAGUUCCCAGCAUAGUUCACAGUUUCCCAUCAACGAGGACAGUUGUUCUAGUAUAGACAUUGAUCCUGCUUUAUUAUAUGGCAAGAUGUCACCAAAUUAUUUACCUGGUAGAGAAGGAGAAUUUGGGAAACAUGGAAAACUAAUGGCAAUGGCAAGAAAAAAGAUGUCUAUAGCCAGUAAAGCAAAGGGUCGGAGUAUGGGACCAGAGAAAAGAAAGAGACCUUUAACAUUUGGAGAGAAAAGAAGAGGCCCUAAACCUAAGAUACAUUCUGCAAUGGGAAUACGGGAGUCCAAGAAAGCAAAUGCUGAUACUGAUGAUGACGAUGAUGAUCAUCCUAAUACAAUAGUGCUAGCCAAUAAAUUAGACAUAUUUACCUUUGAUCAGGAUAUAUGUAAGAGUUGUGGAAGUUUUGGUAAGGGUGACGAGGGGCGUAUGAUUGCUUGUACUCAAUGUGGACAAUGUUACCAUCCUUACUGUGCCAAUAUCAAGGUAACAAAAGUGGUGCUACAGAAAGGAUGGCGAUGUUUAGAUUGUACUGUAUGUGAGGGAUGUGGCAGGCCACAUGAUGAGGGGAGGUUACUCUUGUGUGACGAAUGUGAUAUCAGUUACCACACUUACUGUUUAGAUCCACCUUUAGACCAUGUACCCAAGGGAACAUGGAAAUGUAAAUGGUGUGUGAUGUGUAUAAUAUGUGGAUCUAAGACACCAGGAUAUGGUUGUCAGUGGCAACGGAACUAUACUCAUUGUGGACCAUGUCAUAGUAAAAUAUCAUGUCCAGUUUGUAGGAUGAAAUAUUCAGAGGAGGACCUUAUUAUGCAAUGUGUACAGUGUUACAGGUGGUUACAUUCUUUUUGUGAUGGUGUUCAUAAUGAAGAUGAUGCUGAACGAGCAGCAGAACAUGGUUAUCAUUGCCUCUUCUGUCGGCCGAGAACUGGUCAGACUGGUCCUCUACCUCCACUUCCACCACCCCCAACUCCAGUAUAUGAUGAUUUUGCUUUGGCGUUCCCAUUUCCUGCCCCUCCGGUGCGUGAGCCGGAACCACCAAGAUACUAUCUAUUUGACGGAGUUCAUAUUACCCAGCAUGCCAAACGACAGAUCGAAAAGACGAUGAUGGAAGCACCGAAAAUCAAGCGGAACCGACGGUGGAGCAAGAAACCGGAAGGUUGGAAUGAGAAAAAGGAGGAGAUUGAGAAAAAGAUUGAAGAGUUAAAAAUGGCGAGACAAAAUUCACAAGAUUCAGAGGGUUCGUCCACACCAGCCUUGUCACGCCUUUUAUCUGUUGGGUCAGAUAAAGAUGAUGAUAAAGACGUGUUGGACUUGAAGUCUCCAGAUUUUGAGGAGAUGAGGCUACAAUUCGAGGCCGAGGCUAUUAAACAUAUAGAGGAUGAAAAGAAAAUGAAAAAGAAAAGAAAUAUUACAAAAAUUGGUGUUGGAGGGUUUAAUGUGAACAAAAGAAAAAAUUAUGGUCGUGGUCGGCCCCCUGGGGAGGAGGGACAGAUGCUGGAAGGGAUAAUAGAUAAACCUUUACCACUACCUGGUAGUUCUAUGGAUGGUGAAGAUAGUAUGCCGUUGCCGAUGGAAGAAGAUAAACCACGGAAAUGGCAGAGAAAGGCUGGACCUGGUAGACGGAAAAGUGUACUACAGGAGAACUUUCCAUCAUAUAUGCAGGAGGCAUUUUUUGGGAGUGAUAUUCUGUUUAAAAGCCGUGAAGCUCCUAAAGAGACCCUCAAGUCCCUGGAUUCUGAUGAAGAGAAAGCUGCUCCAGAGACUACAAAAUUAUUUACUGACACUACUGUUAAAGAUGAAAGUUCUAUACAAAUAUCAAGUCAAAUCAGGAAAGAGCUGGCAGAAAUGCCUAAACCUUCAGCAUUAGACAUUUCUAGUGAAAAAGAAACUGAUAUAAAAGAGCCUUUAGAUCAUGUGACCGGAAUGAACGUUUCACCGGAAGCAGCCGACUUUCAGUUACCGGAAGACGUUGGUGAUUUUGACAUUGACGAUAAUUUUAUAAAGAUGAUAGAAAGUGAAUUAGAGGGAGGCAAUCAUUUGGAUAAUGAUAUAGAAUCAGAUUUGAACACAGCACUUCUGGGUGAAGAAGAAGCAGCCCAGGCGCAGGAACCGAAGCCACCAGAGCCUAAACCUGCCGAUACAGAAAACCUUGGUGAUCUGGACGAAGUAGAGAAUACCUUGUCUAUGCUUAAUGCAGCUGGUCUGCAGCAUAUUGACAGUAAGACAGUGGAGGAUGUAUUCAAGGUUGUUAUGCAAGGUGAAGGUGAGCAAGGUCCAGUUCAAGGUCCAUCCCAGGCUGCCCAGCAACCCAGCUUGCCACCAGUGCCACAUCCAGCACACCCACACGAGCCUGCACCUCCACUUCCUGGUCUUCAACAACCCCCUCAGUUACCACCACAAGGACAAGGUUUUCCGUUACCUAUGUCAUCAGGACAUGGCCAAGGUUUACCUGAAAUGCCUAUCAGACCAUCAUUUCCUGGUUUUCCUCCACAAAAUUUCCAAAGACCACCACCACCUCAAGCUGCGCAAUUCCCUCCAAAUUUUAUGCCACCAACUGGAUGGCAUCAACUGCCUGACGACCCAGCAAUAAAUGAUAGUAGCAGACGCAAUAUGCAGAAAUGGGAGUCAGAUGAAGACCUUGGUGAUAAUGCCACCAUCUCCCCUAUACUGUACUGUAAUCUGUGCCAUCCGGAACUUAAAAUACAAUAUCCAGAUUGGUCUGAGAGAUCGAAGCAUAUUGCCAAAAUCUGGAGAAAACUGACACCAGAUGAAAAGCAACCUUAUCUGCUGAAGGCAAGAAAGAACAGAGGUAACAUUAAAGCAAAAGCUCAGGCGAAACUUACUCCAGAACAACGCAGGAAGAAGAGCGAAGCCCUUAUGCAACAACAACAACAGCAGCAACAACAACAACAAGGUCAUCUUCCUGGUAUGCCAGGGAUGAGGGCACCUGAGAUGUUCCCAAGUCCUGAAGGACCACCAGGGAUGCAGAGCCCUAUACAUUCUAGCCCAGGUGGAAUACAAUCUCCAAUGAGGCAUGGUUCACAAAUGAUGCCAGGCACUCCUGAUGGUCAUUCACCUGGUCAACCUAGUCCUCAAGGGUUUCCAGGGUCACAACAGGAUCCUUAUCAUCACAUGCCACCAACACCUCGCUCCCAGGACCCAUAUGCUGUUCCUCCAACUACCCCACGCCAGCCUGGUGCUGAGUACAAUGUACCACCUGGAACUCCUAGAGCUGAAGCUAUGGGGCAGUCUCCAAAUAGAAAACCUGUAGAUCCUUACAGUCAACCUCCUUCAACACCUCGGCCAGGGGAGCAUCUACCCCAACAAGACCAGUUUAGAAGCCCUGUUCGAGGACCUGAUCCUUAUGGACCAAAUGCUGGGCUUCAGCAGGAUUCAUUCGGACCAGGUGUUCCGCGGUCACAGGCAGGAAUGGGUCCAAGGCCACCUUUGAAACCAGGCAUGUGGCCAGGGCCUGAACAAGAUCCAUAUGCACAUCCACCGGGAACACCGCACCCCCAAGCCGGUCAGAUGCCACACAGGUUUGAAAGGCAAAUGAGUGCCCCUCAACCAGCUGCCAGUACAGAGGAGCAGUUUAACAUGCCACCAACGUCUGAUCGCCCAGAGACUUCCUCGGCCAUGGAUCAGUUCCCACAACCUCCAGGUGCUCCUCAUAAUAGAAUGCAGAGGCCUCCUAUGCAGAGAAUGUCCUCUAUGCCGGGAGGUGAAGGUCAUAUGUUACCAGGUCAACAGUUCAGACAUCCAUUCCGUCCACCCCAUCCAAGCAUGAUGAGGCCCCCAGGGAUGCCUCCUGAGAUGUUCCAGGGAGGUCAGAGACCUAGAAUGGAGAUGCCCCAUCAUCCAGGAAUGAGACUUCCACCAGAGACCUCAGCUUUGGUCAAAAGACCCAAGGAUCCCAAGCUUCAGCGGAUAUUUGCCGUCGCCAACCGACAACAGUUUUCUCCGCUGUCCAGGAUGUUUCCGCCCAAUCUAGCACAGUCUCUACAUGCAGCUGCGCAGACUGGAACUCAGAGUGAUGCACAGAAGCAUGAAAUGAUGGAAUUCUUUAAACAGCAAGCUGAGAGGAAAAAACAAGAAGGUUAUACUGAGAUGACAGGCCAAGGUUUUCCACCUGGGAUGAGACCUCAAAGACCUCCGGUCCCAAGGGAAGCAUUCCAGCAGCCAGCACAAGGACCAUCACCUCAGCCAGGUGAGGCAAAGCCCAGCCAAGAGACAAUCCUUCAGGAACUGAAAGAAAAGAUCAAAGAAGAGGCGAAAAAACUUGGCUAUGUUCCAGGUCAGCAGCCACAUGAGGGGGGAGGUGCAGCUCCACCUGGUAAGACACCACAGCAGACGACAGUCCCUGCUGCAGCAGAAGGCAUUAGUGAGAAGAAAGCAGCAGGUGUAAGAAUAGGUCCUGGUGGACACAAAGUAUCUGCUUCUUCAGAAGAGGAGAAAACUGAUGAUACUGAUGAAUUGGCGGACUUCUUUAGUGCAGAUGGAACAUUUGAUAUUCUUAAGUAUGCAGACCCUGACCUUGACCUUGGCUCUGAUAACAAGACCAUUUUUGAUGACCUUGUGGAAGAUGUAAAGCCUCAGGAUGAACAGAAGAAAGACGUGAAAAAGGAAGAUGAAUUUUCUGAAAUAAAAACGCAACCAAAACAAGAAAAUGAAGGAGAGAAAGGAGAAGGGGACAAACAGAGUGUAAGCGAGUUUCAAGCCAAAUUCCUGGAGUUCAGCCAGAAAAAGCAGGGAGAAGAGGUUAAGCCUGGAGAUGUCGGUAAGAAACCACCACAGGUCAUAAAGACUGAAAGUGUUGAUGCUUCUGAGACUCGAACUCCAUCUGCCCCAGGAACACCCAUGACACCAGCAGGAUCCAUAAGUGGUGGUCAGUACACACCAGGGGCUCCAUCCCCUCAUCAGGCUGCAUUGUUUGGGCAGCCAUCUCCCUCUGGUAUGCCUUCUCCAAAGGUUAUGCCUUCUCCAAAGAGUCAGCCAUCGCCAAGGACACCGGGUGAAGGUCAGCUUACACAGCAGCCAUCACCUUUCUCACAGCAUUCAGUACAGUCUCCAUUUUCACCGUCUGCAACUACUCCUGCUUCUGCUCCACAAUCACCCUAUGCUGGUGCCAACCCAGGGACCCAAUCUCCAUUUGCUAUGCCAGGGACAGCUGGACAAUCUGUGCCAGUAUUAAUGGGUCAAGGAUCACCAUUGCCUACAUCAUACAGUCCCUCACAUACUCCACCUGCAGCCUUUCCAAUGCAAAGGUCACCGAGAGCAAAUAUUCAAGGUCAACCUGGACAAUAUCCUCAGGGACAGUUUCAGCAGGGAUACAUGCAGGGACAGCCACCUCCACGUGGAAUGGUACCGGGCCAGGCAGGUCAUCCUUUCAAUCAGCCUGGCAUGAGACAGCAGAUUCCUGGGAUCCGACCCCCAACCUCUUUACCAUUAUCACAACAACAACUUAUGCCCGGUCAGCCUCAAGUGUCAGGUGAUAUGACCACACCAGGCAUGAGACCAAUGCAUCCAGUGAUGAGGCUGGAGAGACCACCAUUUCAAGGUCAUCCACCAUCAUCACCAGGGAAACCAGGUCAAGUUCAAGGUGUGUUUCCCGGCAUGUCUGGAAUGCGUGCAUCAACUCCUGGUUCUCAGCCUCCACAGUCAUUUAUGUCUCAACAGAAUAUUGUUCAUUCUGCGAGCAUGGGUACCAUGGCAACAACUGGGUCAACAGUGACGACAUCAACAGGUCAAGGUCGUACAGCGUUGCUGCAAGACCAACCAUUAUUGAUACAAGACCUUCUUGAACAGGUACAGUUGAAAUCUGUGGAGAAACUAGAGCAAGAGAAAAGACAGCGAGAACAACAGGUUAUGUUACAGAGGACUGGUGGAAUACGACCCGAGGGCAUGAUGGGAGCGCGACCAGGUGCUCCAGGUAUGGUUGGUAUGCCACCUGGUAUGCCACAGAGGAUGGAAUCUCCCGUCAGACAUCCUGGCCAGCCAGGUAUUUUUGCUCAGCCGGAUAUGCCAGGUAUGAGACCCAGAAUGCCUGGACAGUUGAGUCCACAUACCCAGGGAGCACAGUCAUUUGGAGGGCCACCUGGUCCAAUGCCUCCACCUAAACCUCCAACUCCAGUUGAUAAUGCACCAGAUUCUGAUAGACAAUAUUACCAGUAUGAACAUUGGUUGAUGAAACAUGGAGAAUUCCUUGAAAUGCAAGUCAAAUUCCUCGAACAACAAAUACAGAAACAAAAACGAACAAAGAAAGCCAUUAAUGCAAGAAAUAGACAGGCGAAGAAGAAUGGACAGGAAAUGCCAGCUCAGGAUGUAAUGGAGUUAGAGAGAGCCAGCCAGGAACAGUCUAUGUUACAGAAACAACUUGAACAAAUGAGGAAACAGAAUAGACAACAUCAGAUUGCCAUACAAGAUUAUAGGACUAAACAACAGGAACGAUUCAAUCAGCAGAUGGCCCAGUCUGGUCAGCCACCUCAGAUGAUGGGGCCAAUGCCAGGUGCUCCACCAGUAACCUCAAACCCUCAAGCCGGACCUCAGAUGCAGCCACCUCCUGUAAGAAUGCCUGGGAACCAGGCUUCUGCUAGAAUGACGCGAGAUAUGAGGCAGGAGUAUGAACAGUAUAUGCAGAACAGACUGCGUCAAAUGGGGCCUAGAAUGCCUGGACCUCGCCCACCUAUGAUGCCAACAGCCCCAGGGGCAUCCCCACAACCCAGAAUGGCAAACUUUGGUGAUAAUAAUCCAUUCAGUGAUACGUAUCAGCAGCAAGAAAAGAUAGAGAAGUUGAGAGAAACUCACAUAAUCAAACAAGGGGAACAACCACCAGGGGAAGCUACAGAGACCCCUGGUGCACCAAUCCAACCUGUGUUUGCUGACCAUCGGUUCCCUGGUCCUCGGGAGCCACACCCUGUACGAUUCCAAGGACCUCCUAUGGAAGGUCAGCAUCCAUCUCGAUUCCCAGCAGGACCCAUGGAAGGUCAGCAAGCCUGGAUACAGCAGCAACAACAACAACAGCAGCAAAGAUUUCCCAUGGAAGCUGUAGGAGCAAGGCUGCCGGCUCCAGGCCCAGGCGGUGAGAUUAGGUUCCAGGGUCCACCAGGAACCUUCCCACCACAACCUCAAGCAGGCCCACAGACCGUUGCACAAGUUGAGCUGGCUGUUGCAGAAAUUAACCCACCUCCCCACACCCUGGAUGCUGUGACUAACACUACGGAAUCGAAGGAAAAAACAAAGAAGAGAAAAAAGAAGAAAAAACCAACUGAUAGUUCACAGCCAGCAUCAAGUCAACAGGCACAAAGUAAGCCACCGCCGAUGCAGUUCAAGCCCCAAGAUGAGACUGAGAGACGGAUCAUGGAAAUAUUGAGUAAUACAGCCAACAUGCAGCGUGGUCAGUCACCUUCACUUGCUACAUCUGGCCAGACCACACCAAGUACACAAAGUCCAGCCUCUGUCAUUGCUGGAACUGUCCCCCAAACUGGUGUAGUUGAAGGUCAGCAAUUAACCUUGACCAGUCAAGGUCAGCCAACUGUAUUGUCUCAGGGUCAGCAAGUGACCAUUGCAAGUCAAGGUCAGCCAACAAUACUGUCUCAGGGUCAGCAAGCAAUAUUAACCUCUCAGCUAGCAGCACAAGUUGGUCAAGUGCCGAGUCCUGGUGCACCACCUUCAAAGACUCCACCAGCUCAAGGAAGAUUAACACCAGGACAGGGAGGAAGGCUCACACCAGGCUCUCAGGGUAGACUAACUCCAGUGCAACAAGGGAGGCUUACGCCUGGGACUCAGGGGAGGCUCACUCCAGGGGCACAAGGUCGGCUAACCCCAGGUCAAACAGCCACAUCAGCAGUGCCAUCUCCAGGUCCACCUGCUCAGUCACCUUUGGCACAGUCUCCCCUUGCACAGUCACCAAAGGGAAUCCCUUCACCACUUACUGACCAGACUGGCACACAGCAGGUUGUCUCAGCUCAGAGUCCCUCAGGUUUGCCUAUUGCAUCAGCUUCUUCCCCGAGAGGACCAAACCAGCAAGUCAACGUAAAUGUGUCUGUGAUGUCAACAACAAAUCCUGCAGUACAAUCCAUUAAUGUUGGACCACAGCCAAUAACUUGCCAGAAUGAGGGCAAAGUACUUGGAUCAGCACACGUAAAUCAGCCUACAUCAAUACCACCUGGUCAUACAUCCAAUCAAACAAUCUCAGGUUCUAGUCAGCCAUCAUCUUUUCAAAGUCAAAAUAUUGUGUCAUCUGCAUCAUCAUUACAGAGUCACAUUCCAGUAUUAAGUCAGCAACCUCAUACAGUAACAGGCAGUCAAGCAGCGCCAUUGCCAGGCCAGACACAAGUGAGACCAUCACAAGGCCAGUUGUCAAUGUCAACUGGUCUCCAGGGACAGCAUCCAGCUAUACAUGGCCCUGGCAUGGAUCAUGCUCAUAGGCCUGCUUUACCAGGCUCUGAAAUAAACAUGCCAGGGCAACUACAUCAUCCAGCUUUUCCUGGUCAACAAACUAGGUUUGCAAGGCUGCCACCAGGGCUUGCCAAUUACCCUGCUCAUAUCAGACAUCUCAUGCAACAGAGAGGUGAGGCACCCCAAUUUCCAACAGGUUUUUUACCUUUUGAUGUACAAGGUCAGCCAAGAGUCCGGCCACCUAUGCAGCCACACUGGAGGGCUCCAGAAGCAACUAGUACCCCGGCCAGAAGAUCACCAAGACCAGCUGCUCCAAGCCUUGGACCAGUGCCAAGAAUGGGACUGCAGCCUAAUCCAAACUUUCCUCAGGGACCAAUGACAGGCAUUGGACAAUCAGUUAUUAGUAAAGAGCAACAAGGUACAGUGCAACAUACACAAGUUACUUCAGCUGCUCCAAUACAAGAAACAAAUGUAACUCUUGCUACCACAUUACCCCAUAACAAUCCACCAAGUACUGUUAAAGUGACAACUACUUUAACAAGUGUUUCAAGUGCCACACAAGCUAGUCAAUUAACAACAUUAAGCCACCAAGUGAUGUCAUCUUCAGAUACAACGACAGAAACAAGCCAGUCUCAGAUGUUAGGACAAUCUGGAGGUUUUCAAACAAAAAGCGCAGAAACAACUGUUACUAAGGAGCAGCAAAUUAAUCCAUCAAUAAAUGAAGUAGCACAUGCUGCAAGUACCGAUGCAUUGAGAGAAAGUUCAUCAAAAAGUGAACAAGAAACAAAUAGUACAGAGAAAAGUCAGUCGGAGACAGAAGUAAGUGCCCUAAAAGAAGAUAAUGAAUUAAAUGAUAACCAAAAUAAACCAGAGUGUACAGAUGGAGUAAAUUGUGGCACACCACCUCCAACAAGUGAAUGUACAGAUGGAAUUCAUUGUGGUACACCACCUCCAACUGAUGAAUGUACAGAUGGAAUUCAUUGUGGUACACCUCCUCCAACUGGUGAAUGUACAGAUGGAAUUCAUUGUGGUACACCUCCUCCAACUGGAGAAUGUACAGAUGGAAUUCAUUGUGGUACACCUCCUCCAACUAGUGAAUGUACAGAUGGAAUUCAUUGUGGUACCCCUCCUCCAACAGGUGAAUGUACAGAUGGAAUUCAUUGUGGUACACCACCUCCAACAACUGUAUGCAGUGAUGGAAUACACUGUGGUACACCUCCUCCAACAGGUGAAUGUACAGAUGGAAUUCAUUGUGGUACCCCUCCUCCAACAGGUGAAUGUACAGAUGGAAUUCAUUGUGGUACCCCUCCUCCAACGGGUGAAUGUACAGAUGGAAUUCAUUGUGGUACACCUCCUCCAACAGGUGAAUGUACAGAUGGAAUUCAUUGUGGUACACCACCUCCAACAACUGUAUGCAGUGAUGGGAUACACUGUGGUACACCUCCUCCAACUGGUGAAUGUACAGAUGGAAUUCAUUGUGGUACCCCUCCUCCAACGGGUGAAUGUACAGAUGGAAUUCAUUGUGGUACACCUCCUCCAACGGGUGAAUGUACAGAUGGAAUUCAUUGUGGUACACCUCCUCCAACAGGUGAAUGCACAGAUGGAAUUCACUGUGGUACACCUCCACCAACAGGUGAAUGUACAGAUGGAAUUCAUUGUGGUACCCCACCUCCAACAAUUGUAUGCAGUGAUGGGAUACAUUGUGGUACACCUCCUGCAACUGUGCAGUGCUCAGAUGGAAUUCAUUGUGGUACACCUCCUCCAACGGGUGAAUGUACAGAUGGAAUUCAUUGUGGUACACCACCACCAACAGGUGAAUGUACAGAUGGAAUACACUGUGGUACUCCACCUCCAACUGGUGAAUGCUCAGAUGGAAUUCACUGUGGUACCCCACCUCCAACAAGUGGAUGUACAGAUGGAAUUCACUGUGGUACCCCACCUCCAACAAGUGAAUGUACUGAUGGAAUUCAUUGUGGUACUCCACCUCCAACAGGUGAAUGUACAGAUGGAAUACAUUGUGGUACACCUCCUCCAACAGGUGAAUGUACAGAUGGAAUUCAUUGUGGUACACCUCCUCCAACAGGUGAAUGCACAGAUGGAAUUCAUUGUGGUACACCUCCACCAACAGGUGAAUGUACAGAUGGAAUUCAUUGUGGUACACCACCUCCAACUGUACAGUGCUCAGAUGGAGUCAAUUGUGGAACACCUCCACCCCAAAAUACUGAAUCAUCAAAUGGUGCCAGCAAUUCUACUAGUCAGAGCGAACCUCUGUCCAUUGUAACCACAAGUCAAGAUGUUCCACCUCCUUUGCAGUCAUCUCUUCUUUCGCCACAGCAAAUGGCUGUUCAUGCUGAUCAUCCAUACAUAACAAUGUCUUCAAACCCUCCAGCAUUAAAACCAACACCAGUUGUAGCCACAGGAUCAAAUGAUGCAUGUCCCACCACAACUCAGCCUCUACAGAUUGCAAACCCAUCGCAAAGUAUUAUUUCUUCGAAAGACAGUGCCUUUACAAAUCCAGUUGUUUCAAGAAAGUCCCCAGAAAGUGAUGCUCAACAUAUUAAUUCUGAACAUGUUCCUUCUAUAAAAGCUGGUAAUAAUAGGACAGAACCACUUCAUGACACAGCUGUGUCUAAAAAUGAAAAAGAAGAGGGAAAUAAAGCUGAACAAAUUGUCUCAGGAAAUGCACCAAAAAGUGCAGCGAAUGUUUCAAUGGUGCCUGAAGAAAAAGAGCCAUUGACUUCAAAUGUAAGAGAACUAGGAGGCACACCACAAUCUGGCGAUAUUGAAAAGAUGCAACAGGCCUAUAAAAAUCAGCCUCGUGAGGAUCAGUCUUGCAAUGUCACGAUAGUAACAGUAAAGGAGGAAAAUUUAAACCUUAAUCCUACACCAUUGUCUUCUCAACCUGUACAGACUGGGCUAGAAAAAGUUGAUACAUCAUUGUCAGAAACACAGAUUUCUGUGACAGAAGCACAAAUAGCUACAUCAGAAACAGUGCAACAAAACCUGCCUCCUACAACAUCUAUAUCACACAUACAAAAACCAAGUGCUCCUCCAAAGCCUGUAGAACAGUUAACUGCCACUGCUCCUGAACAAGGUCCAAUUGUAACAACGGUACCAAGGCCACAACACUAUGGGCCAAUACCAGCAGUGCCAACAGACCCAAUGCAGAGGCCACCAAGUCUUUCUCAAAGUUUCCCUCACCCUAUUCCUUCCAAUGGAGGAAGAUUACAUUAUACACCAGGCCAACAACAGCAAGCUGUCACAAGCGCAUCACAUCCAUCUGCUGUUCCUGAUAUAAGGCAACGGUUUCCAGCAGCUCAUGAAGGCACUAGAGGUUUCCGGCCAGAUAUGGCCACUAUUAGACCAGGACAACAUGAAAUUAUGACACAACAGCUACAACAGCAAGCUAUGAGUCAGUUGGAGUUUAGAAGGAGAGCUCCUGGGCAGGACCCAAGAAUGGCUCAUGAACCAGGUUUAAGAUUGAGUAUGCCAGGAGUCAGACAGCAGGGACAGUUGCCAGGAUUUCAAGGCUUUGAACAAAGAUCACCGAUUUCUGCUGAGGGUAGAGUCCAAGAUUCAAGGUAUUUCCUACAAGACCAGCGUUACUCUAUGCCUGGCAGUCAAGAACAGAGAUAUUUUAUGCAUGAUCCUAGACAUCCUUUUCAGAGUCAAAUGGGUAUGAGGCAUCCAUUCUUUCAGCAAAGACCAGGAAUGCAGCCAAUGCAAAGAGGACAGUUCCCAGAACAUGCUCUACAACAGGCUCAACAGAGACCACAAUUUUCAGUUAUGCCUGGCCAAGGACCUAGAUUGCCAAUGUCAUCCCUCCCAGUUACUACUGCUCAAGAUGGUGGUGUGAAACAGGAAACUGUUGUAAAAACAGAGCCAGUGAUAAAACAAGAACCUGGUGUGAAGUUGGAAUCAAAGGGUCACGAGGACUUUUCUUUAAACCAAGCCACAGGUGUUCAGCAUGCCUCAGUUGAUACAAAGGCAGUGCCUCAGCCAAGUCCCAGGCCUAAAUCUCAAACACCACCAUCAGCAGGUGGACACUCGGGUCAUUCAGGAAGUAACAGAUCAACGCCCUUAUCCAGACCCCCGAGUGUGCAGCGACAAUCUCCAGGAGCAUCUACUGGAAGUCAAAGAAAUUCCCCUGCCCAGUCUCAGUCACCAGGACACUCUAUAGUGCCUCCAUCUCCAAGCCAUUCAAUUCCUGCACAAUCCCCAAGCCACCCAGUGCAGUCUCCUGGCCAAGGAAGUAUAGCUCAUUCUCCUGGUCACUCAACUAUGCAGACAACAUCUCAAGAUGACCUUCAACUUCCAUCUGUGUCAGCCACAUUUGCUGCUGCAGGAAUGAUGAGACUGGGAGAAAUGACAGGCUCACCACAACAGCCAUAUCAUUCAAUGACUAGACCCCCUGUUCCAAGUUCAUCUGGUUCAGGUCCAGCUUUCUCUUCAGUGUCAUCUAUAGUGCAAGCAGUCUCAACAGUAUCGUUUCCACCUUUGCAAGGCCAGGCAGUUUCAUCACACUGCACAACUCCAACUGAAGUGUCUUUACCUCCAAGCACAUAUGUUAAAACAGAAGGUGUUGGAGCAUCUUUGGUAGGUUCCUCAGCAUCAACUCAAACUCCAGUUCAUAGUCGUACAGCCCAAGGACCUAUUCCUCAGGCUAGUCAGGGAGUACCUUCCCAACCAAUGCAAAUAAACCAGAAUACAUCAGGACCUCAUACCGUCUCAUCAGCAUCUCAUGCUCCUGUUACUAGUCAGCGACCAUCACCUCAGCAGUCUCCACAGCAAGUUCCACAGCUUCAAGCAGGACCUCAUGGCAUGCCUGGAGGACAAAGGAUGUAUGGACCAGUUCCAGGGCAGCCACCAUCAUCCUCUGCUCCACAUCCACCAAGAACAAGGGGUCCAAGACAACAGCAGUCUCAUGCUCAGCAACAGAGAUACACCCUACCAAGUAAUCUACCUCCCCAUCUGGCUGGAAUGUUAUCCAUGAACAUGAGACCCAACAAGACAAUGUACCCACAACAACAAGAAAGACCUGUAGGACAAAUGCAAAUGAGAUUUCCUCCAGGCCAUCCUAUGGCAAUGCAACCUGGUGGACCGAGGGGAUUUCCAAUGCCAAGUGGACAUAUCCCAGGAGAAGCAAUGACUACAUCCUCCAGUAUGCAGCAAAUGUCUCCAACUGCCAGGCACCCCGGUAUGAUGCAGCAUCCGGGCAUGCCUGGUAUGAGGCAUCCAGGCAUGAGACCUGGCAUGCCCAUGGUACAUCCAAUGUCUCAGAUGCAUCCAGGUCAGAUGUCACCAACCAGCCCCCACCCAGGAGUUCCACCCAUGCAUAUGUCAACAUCUGGCAUGGCAAUGAUGGGACCGCCAGGAGUUCCUCACAUGUCAGUAGCACAACCUAAUUCAGAGUUGCCAUCACCAACACAUAGGCCAGGGGCACCACCAACACCUGGUUCAGUGCCAUCAACUCCUUCACCUACUCCAGCCUCGUAUCCACAUGGUGUCAUGCCUCCUAAUUCUGCAGCAGUGUCUUCUGCCCCAGGUUUCCCUGGAGAUGUUUCAAACAGACCACCAUUCCCAUUCCACAGAAUGCCUGGUGCUCAAAGGAUGCAGUUUGAUCCAAGAAUGCAAAUGGACCCAAGAAUGCAAAUGGAUCCAAGAAUGCAAAUGGAUCCAAGAAUGCAGUUUGACCCAAAUGCAAGACAAGGUUCAGAAGAAAGGCAGCCACCACCAGGAAUGGGUCCAAGAUUUCCUCCAGGAUUUCAGUUUCCUGGUUUUCCUCAAGGUAAACCAGGUCCUGGGCAUGAGCCAAUGACCAGCCAUGGUCAGUUUGAUGAAAACAUGAGGAGAUUUGCGCCUGGACAGCUCCCUCAUGGAGUAAUGAGUGUCUCACAGAGUGGUGGACCUCCAAGAAAUGCCUCACAAGCUCCAAGCACUGCUUCUACACCGAGUCCUGUAACUUCCAUUAAACAGGAACCAACAGAAUUACCACCAGGUUUGGAUCCGAGUCAAAAUGCUCUUCUGAAGAAACUCCUUGCCAAAAGUAAUGCUGCUGCUGCUGCAGCUGCUGCGGCCGCUGGACAUAUUACACCACAGUCAGACAACUCUGAGCGCCCCCCAUCUGAAUCUGGAUUACUACUUGAUUCCAAUGAUCCAGAUGUCGCUUCCCCCCAGUAUGUCCGGACAAAUAAGAAAGAGAAGAAAAAGCGGGAAAGGAAGGAAAAGGUGGUGGAGCGAGAAGGGGUGGAGAAUGUGGAUAUUAUUAGGGACGGGGAAUUCAACCCGGGACGUAAAACAGUUGCCCACAUACCUUUAAGGGAACCGGGGAUGUUGGGGCAACAUACACAAAUCUGUUUUUCCUUCCUUUUUGGUCUAAACGGAAAGGGGUAA